AUGAAAGACCGCCGAGCAGGUGGGGCUUCGCGGCAGUCAGCCCUGGGGGCCCAGGCAAUCGGUCCGAUCCGCCGCACCCCGCGCCCCGCUCCGGAAGCGCGGUCCCCGCAAGCCUCGCCAGCCCCUCUCAGCCACCCCAUCCCCGCGGCCCGGGGCCAAGGGGGCAGGCAGCGAGAGAAGGAGAUCCAGAACUCCAGCCCCCAGCGCUCGCCUCACCCCAACGAGAGGAACCAGCGGGAGCCAACCCGGGACCCGCAGGACGGCGCGGGAGGUGGCAUAACAACUUCAAGUAUUCUGAAUGGAAUCCUCGCCCAGAAAAAGGACCACAGAUUGAAAACUAAGACUUCUGUGAAUGUUAAAUUGCCACUUAAUAGGAUAUCAAGAAAUAAUUUGGAGGCAUCUACCUGUAAAAUGACGGAGCCAUUUAAUUUUGAGAAAAACAAAAGCAAGCUUCCACCACGUGAUUCUUUAAGAAGUCCUGGAGGACAUCCUAACCACCCUAAUUUCAGGUUGAAAAGCCCAGAGAAUGGAAAUCAAAAGAACAGUUUUUUGCUUUGUGAGCAGACCAAACAGUAUCCGGCUAAUCAGGAAGACAAUUCAGUUUCUUCAAACCCUAACAGCAUCAGUGGAGAAGGGGUUGGAGCCAAAAGAGACAGGAAGACAUUGCCUACAGGAAACUCAGUGUCACCAUUAAAUGUUGGAAAUGAUUCACCACCCAAAGAAGUAAAUAGUGAGCCUAGCAGUAAUGUGCCUCCUGAAGAGUCAAAAAAAAAAAAAAGUAACGUGGUUGAGAAUUUCUUGUCCGUAAAUAAUCCAGAGCUCUUCAACUCCUUACGACCUCGUCUUCAGUCAACGACUUGCCAUCGCUGUGGGCUCUUUGGACCACUGAGGUGUUCCCAGUGCAAGCAGACAUACUAUUGUUCCAGAGCGUGCCAGAGAGAAGACUGGUCAGCACACAGCAUUGUGUGCAAACCUGUUCAGAAAAAUUUCCACAAACUUGAAGAUAAUAAAUCAUCUUCUGAAACAAAGAACAUGGAAGUGAAAAGUGAGACCUGGAACAGAGUGAAAAUUCAAGACGUUGAUAUGCCACAGAAGAAGGCACAAGUCUUAUACAUUGAUUAUGGAAAUGAAGAAAUAAUUCCAGUAAACAGGAUUCAUCAGCUGAAGAAAAACAUUGACUUGUUUCCUCCUUGUGCCAUAAAAUGCUUUGUGGCCAAUGUUAUCCCAGCAGAGGGAAAUUGGAGUAAUGAUUGUAUCAAAACUAUUAAAUCACUCUUAAUGGAGCAUUGCUGCUUUAUAAAGAUUGUUGACAUCGCAGAAGAGGAAGUGGUUUCCUUUGCUGUGGAUGUUACACUGCCAAGUUCAGGAAAACUCUUAGACCAUGUACUCAUAGAAAUGGGAUAUGGCUUGAAAUCCAAGGGACAAGAUUCUAAGAAGCAAAGUGCAGAUCCAGGUGAUCUUCAAGAUGGUGGAAAAAUGACAGAUGAAAACCAAAUUGUUGUAGAUAGAAAUGACCUCGUCCCCAAAGUGUUAACCGUGAAUGUAGGGGAUGAGUUUUGUGGUGUGGUUGCCCACGUUCAGACUCCAGAAGACUUCUUUUGUCAGCAGCUACAAAGUGGACAUAAGCUCGCUGAACUUCAGGCAUCCCUUAGCGAGUACUGCGGUCAAGUGUCUCCACGCUCCGAUUUUUAUCCAGCUGUUGGUGAUAUCUGUUGUGCUCAAUUCUUGGAGGAUGAUCAGUGGUACCGGGCCUCCAUUUUGGCUUAUGCUUCUGAAAAAUCUGUCCUGGUUGGAUAUGUAGACUAUGGAAACUUUGAAAUCCUUAGCUUGACAAGACUUUGUCCUAUAACCCCGAAGUUGUUGGAAUUGCCAAUGCAAGCUGUAAAGUGUGUGUUGGCAGGAGUAAAGCCAUCAUUAGGAAUUUGGACUCCAGAAGCUAUUUUUCUGAUGAAAAAAGUUGUACAGAACAAGAUGAUCACAGUGAAAGUGGCAGACAAGUUGGAAAACAGCUCCGUGGUGGAGCUUAUAGAUAUAUCUGUGACGCCUAACAUCAAUGUCAGUCAAGUUCUCAUAGACGCAGGCUUUGCUGUGGGUGAAGAGCGCAUGAUGCAAAGACCCAGUGACGUAAAGGAAGCCAGUGUCCUCUUGGCUACUGAAGCAAAACUAAAUCCAUUGACAUGGACCUGGGUUAAGCUUGCUGUUGACCAAACAGUAGAUGUCGUGGUCUGUACAUUGUACACUCCUGGAGAAUUCUACUGCCAUGUGCUGGGAGAGGAUGCUUUAAAGAAACUCAAUGAUUUGAACAAAUUGCUAGCAGAAUAUUGCCAGCAGAAGUUGCCUAAUGAUUUUAAAGCAGAAAUAGGGCAGCCUUGCUGUGCAUUUUUUGCAGGUGAUGGUAAUUGGUAUCGUGCUUUAGUCAAGGAAAUCUUACCAAAUGGAAAUUUUAAAGUACAUUUUGUGGAUUAUGGAAACAUUGAAGAAGUUACUGUGGAUGAACUCCAAAUGAUCCCAUCAAAACUUUUAGAACUUCCAUUUCAAGGGAUACAGUGCUGGCUAAUAGAAAUAGAGCCUAGAAACAAACACUGGACUAACGAAACCAUAGCACGAUUUCAGAUGUGUGUCACAGGGAUAAAACUCCAAGCCCGAGUGGUUGAAAUCACUGAAAAUGGAGUGGGAGUUGAGCUCACUGAUCUUUCUACCUCCUACCCCAGAAUAAUUAGUGAUGUUCUGAUUGAUGAACACCUGGUUUUAAGAGCUAGUUCACCAUGUAAAGACUUGGUAAAUAACAGACCUGUUAAUAAGCAUGAUCUUCAAAUUGACACCCCAGGGCAUCAAGUCAUCUCUCCCGCUGAGCAGUGGAGGACAAGAGAAUUGCCAGUUAACAAAACCAUCCAUGCAAACAUAUUAGAAAUCAUAAAUCCAAACUUGUUUUAUGCUCUACCAGAUGAGAUGCCAGCAAAUAAGGAAAAACUGUGGAUAUUGACAUCUGAAUUGUUAGAAUAUUGCAAUGCUCAGAAAAGUCAAUCGUCGUAUAGACCAAGAGUUGGAGACGCAUGCUGUGCCAAGUACACAAGUGAUGAUUUCUGGUAUCGUGCCAUUGUUCUGGGGAUAUCAGAUGCUCAUGUGAAAGUGCUCUAUGCAGAUUAUGGAAACAUUGAAAAUCUGCCUCUUUCCAGAGUGCAGCCAAUUUCCACCAGCCACCUGCAGCUUCCUUUCCAAAUUAUUAAAUGUUCCCUCGAAGGACUAAUAGAAUUGAAUGGAAGCAAUUCUCUAUUAGUAAUAGAGCUACUAAAAAACCUUAUGUUGAAUCAGAAUGUAAUGCUUUGUGUAAAAGGAAUUAUCAAGAAUGUCCAUACAGUGUCGGUUGAGACACGUUCUGAGAACGGUACUGUCAGUGUAGCUGAGAAGCUGGUGAUGUGUGGUCUGGCAAAAAGCGUCACAUCUAAAAACCAGAGUGGUUUAAAUAAAGGAAAGACAUGCAAGAUGAAUUGCUGCUGCACAGAGUUACAGGAAAAAAUUGAAAAACAUGAACAGAUUCUUCUCUUCCUCUUAAGCAAUCCAACCAAUCAAGAGAAAUUUAUUGAAAUGAAAAAAUUGUUGUAGAGUUAAAAACAGUCUCUGUGAGAUAACACCUACAAGAAAGGCAACCAUGAAGGCUAGACUUAGGAGACAAAGUACAGCAUCUUGUGUCUCUGUUUUUGGGAAAUUUUUUCUUUAAUGGCCUUUUAUGCUUCCAUUUCCACUUGCUUGCCACCCUUCUCUUAGGGUGGGUAGUUUUUUUUUUUUCCUGUAAGUUCUUUCUCCCAGAUAAAUAAGUUUGCUUGGAAGAUUCGUAUCAAGUCAUGGUAUUACCAGGAAGGGAUCCAUGGGGAUUUUCGGCUAUAUAUAUAUGCACACUUUUUAAUAACUUACAGGUACUAAAGAAAAUAUGGCUUCUUGUUACUACUGGACAAAUCUAGUUGGUGAAUACAUGAGUUUCAUGGUUUGGACUUUUCUGUGUGCUUGGAAUACCUUAGAAUAAAACAUGCCCUGCUCUCUGUCACAUCUGCCUGCUUCUGCCACGUAAUAAAAGUUGAUUGAUUUGGUGGUAUUUUGGCCUCUGUUUUGCUUCUCCUACCCAGUCCAAGGUCAUCAGCUUCUUUCUGUCCAUUAGAGGACUUUUCCUUUGGCCUUUGAACAUGGAAUCUGUUCUUGGGCUCUCAGCCAGUCCACCAGCCUGACUGAGGAAGGCACUUUUUUCUUCUGCCUCUGCCAUCCAUAAUGCCCUUCCAAAUCCAAAAUUUUCUGAAGCACAAAUACAGUUUUUUAACAAUUCACAUUGAAAAUCUAAGAGUGUCUAUUUUUUUAAGCACAUGGAGUAACAUUAAAUUCUCCUAAACUCACGUGCAGAAUUGUGGGCCAACUGACUUUCCUGCCCAUCUGUAAGUUUCUGUUGGGGGAUUGUGCCAUACUUUAAGUAUCAGACCAUGACAAACUAAGGUGAUGGUAACACCAACCCAAUUUUUUUUUGGUGGGUUGUGUUUUCUGUUUUUGUUUUUUUACUGGUAAU